UUCCCAUUUCCAUUUCCAUUAACUUCCUUUUCUACCAACUGCCCACCUUCCUUCCUUCCUUCCUUCCUAUUCCUGUCUUGAUCUUCACAAGCUCCCCGCGUCACUUGAUCGGCCAGGAGCUGAGCUGAGCUGAGCUGAUGGAGCCAUCUCCGCCGCAAGCGGCGGAACAGGGCAACGCUCACACCCCUUCUCCGUCGUCUUCAUCAGCAGCAAUGCUCACACCCCUCAUGGGCAAGCAUCGAAUGGCUGCUGCCAUUUCUCACCUCAAUCAACAGAUCCAGAUCAUUCAGGAUGAGUUGGACGAGCUUGACACUGUUGCUGGAGUCUCUACUGUCUGCCAAGAGUUAAUCUCAAGCAUUGAAUCUGUUCCAGACGCUCUGCUUCCUGAGACCAGAGGCCCUGCUGAGGUUGGCUGGGAUAGGUGGUUCCAAGGAGCUCAGAGCUCCCGGAGCCGCAGACGAUGGAUCUAAAGACAUCGGAGAAGGAAGGGAUUGCUUCACAAGCUCAUUAACACUAUGAUCUUCAUAUUGCCCACUUAAAACAAGAAUAACUAAUGUAACAAUGUUUCCAUAAGGUCUUCAUCAAUGACAAUGUCCUGUAUAUUUUUUGUAUGUCUAAACAUGAUACAGAAAGCCAAAAUUACCCCAUUUGUCAUAAAUUCUAGUGUUCAUAACGUA